CACCCUAAUUACAAAUUUUGCAGUCACAUGUAAACCGUGGCGACCAAAGAACGUUUUGGAUCAUUUUUUACAAAAAUAUGGGUUGUUCUUCGUCUUUAAGUCAAAAGCAUGCCCAUAUCUCGCUUCCCUUGUCCGAGCCACAGAAGUAUCUUGUCCGAGAAACUUGGGAAACGAUCGAACAACACAAAAAUAUGGUCGGGAAGAAAACGUUUCUAAGGUAAACACUUUCGUGUUUUGUCGUUUACUCAAUUUCCUCAGUUGACUUUGUUUUCCUUUCAUCAUUUUUUUUCGCUGUAGAUAGUUGUUCUUGUUUUUUUUUCUGUCGCUUCGUUGAAACCUGAUAUGGGAUGAUAUCUUCUGAGCACUUGCAUUUGAAUUGCGUGUUGAGUUAAUAAACCUUCCUCGGGAUAGAUAAAACUUAACCGGGAAUAUAAUUUUUUGACUCUGGAAGACAACUUUUACAGUGAUUUUUUUUUCUCUCGGUUAAGGCUGUAACGAAGCGCUCUUGUAUGGAAGGAUAAGAUCUAGAACCGAUGCGCACUUCUUGCAUGUGAAUUUCUUACUUAAUUUGCGAUUCUCGAGAGCUUUCUACUUGUUGCAAUUCAAAUUUGCAAAAACGGACGCGACUGGAAAUAAUCGCAUUUAUCACCUCGAGGAAUCGCUCGCUGAGGCUCUUGUUCAUUUCGCAAAUGCAAUUUCCGAAAAAGGAAAAAAAAGAACGUGAGUGCAAGUAAUCGUAUUUAUUGCCCAGAGGAAUUUUCCACAAGACGUUUCUACUUUCAGAACUAACUGAACAGAUGCACAAAAACGAGUAUAUUUUAGUAAAAAACAGGGACGGAAGAAACAGGUGCAGGAGAAAUUACUAAAGAAACAUUGCUGCUGGGAUGUAGCUUGUAUACAAUGUCGCCCAAAGCUGUCAACUAGUUGUCCUUUUACGGUAACAACGAAAAAAACACUAUCCAAAAAAACGGGGGCUGUAAUUGGAACAAUGUUCUUGUCCAAAGAAUUUUUGAGCAUUCCUACUUCAAUUUUUCAUUUCAUAGCGUGAAACGCCUCGUAGACUCGUCCAUCAGUGAAAUUUAUCAGAUAACUUAUACGCCUGCCAUGAAAAUAUAUCUCGACAGCCUGAAUUUCCGUCAUAAAAGUCAGAAUGAAAAAUUGCAUUUUCAUUUCUGCUAAAAGAAUACCAAUUAAAAUUCCGCCUACUGACAACCUAGUCACAACUAAACUCUUGCGAUUAAUUCUGAUUAUUAAACUUCGACGUGGUUUUCAAUAAAAGUAAUCAUUCACUGUAAAAUAUUCUUAGGACAAUUUUGCGACAGAAUAAGACGUUUUAAACUAGACGAUUGAUGUUGAUCUUUCACUGAAUACAAACGUGGAUUCAUGUUUUUAUUUGUUUACUCCCCGUUGCCAUGUCUCAGGCGAAGAAACAGGCAUUAUGUUAAGAAGAACGCAUUAUUUCCUUCAAGCUAUACCACCUAAAUAAAAAAAAAUGCGACGCAGCUUAAUUUCAUUCUAGUUAAAUCUGGUAAAAGGCGAGUUAUUUCUAUGAUCAAAAUAUUAGUUUGUGACCAUCGGCAAACUAUGGCUGGUGCAUGGCUCUUCUGAUUUACAGGAUCGUUUGAAAAAGGGAAUGCACCAAACAUUUAUCAUAGUCAAACAGGACAAAUAUAAAUGUCACGAAGACGGUUACUGGGCAAAAAAUCGACCCAGACCUCUCUGGAUUUUUCUGCUCCUCUCCUUUAGCGCGGUUUACUGUCGCGCUUAGUUUCUUAUCUAAACGCCUGGAACAGGCUAGUUGCUCACAGGUUCUCUCUAACUUCUCUCAGAUUUUUUGAGAUGAAUCCCGACUAUCAAAAGCUGUUUCCAGAGUUUAAGGACGUAGACCCAGUUGAACUAGAGAACACGAGUGCUUUAUAUGGACACGCUAAGCGAGUCAUGAAAGCCGUGGAGAAUGCCGUGUCUUCACUAGAUGAUGCGUUUAGCUUCGCUGCGUACCUGGAGGAACUGGGAAGGAGGCAUAUAGCUCGCGCAUUAAAACCGUCUUACCUUGAUGUAAGUAUCACUAAACUGUAACGAGUUGGUAUGUCAGCAUGACGACUACAUGGGUUGCGGGGAUAUAUAAAUGAUAAUUUUUCGAAAUAAAGGUUGAAGGAAUCCCUGCGUUAAGGUAACCCUCAGCUGAACCAUUUGUAAAUCAGUGCUGAUUAUCUUUAAAGAAACUCUUUGUUUGGUAGUUUCAUUUGCGAUGAAAAGGAUACAGCAAGCAAAACGCGAACAAAAUAUAAACCAAUAUUGCUGCAAUUGGAAAAUUAAUCGACCAAAAAUGGGACCUGCCUGGAGAACGGGUGAUGGGGGGACAGGGGGGACAGGGGGGACAGGGGGAACUUUGGUCUCUCGAUAUCCCACGUCUAUUUCCCACGCCUGUGACACUACGGAUCUCUUCUAUCUAAAUUCCGUUUAAAGAUAAUAUUUGCAUUUUGUCCUUCAGUAGUAUUUUGAAUGAGAGUAUUUGAAUUUGAAAUAAACGUCAGACCGCUAUCUGAUCAAUAUAAAGAGUUAAGAAUCCGCCAAUCAAUGGCAUCAACAAAUAUAAUAACACUUAUCUUUUCUCUAGCUUGAUCGUUUUACUUGACGCGUGUAAUGUAUGUAAUUUCAGGGCAAAACUAACAAAAAAAUCAUUCAAGUAAAUAUUACCAAAAGAAUAAUUUUAAAUGUAAACAAAUCCAAGUUUAGCUACGUUCAGUUGAAAUGUCUUUACAUAACUCAAAUUUGCUCCAGCAUUUAAUUCUUUAACCCCAAAGGGUGAUUAGCGUCUAAUUUCUCCUUACAAUAUCACCACUGAAUCAGGCAUUUGAGUUACGAGAAUAAAGAAAAUGAUCACUAGCCAAAUAAACCCUUGAUUGUUAAACAAAUUCUCCUUGUCAGCACCUUUGUAAAUGUUUAGAGGACAGUAUGGAGAAUAUGAAAACUGAUGUUGGGGUGUAAAUGAUUAAAGAAAAUGUAAUCAUCAGUUAUCCUUCGCGAAACAGGUACCAUCAACAGAUCCCUAACUUACUGCUAAUAAUAAAAUAUCUUGUCAAUUUUUAUUUAUAUUUUUAGGCAAUGCAGGAAGCACUGAUGUACAACUUGAAAGAUUUACUACGCAGCCAAUGGACAAAGGAAACAGAAGAGGCCUGGAACAGACUUUUUCGUUUCAUUUCUUCAACAAUGGUUAAAGGACUUCAGUCGCCGUGAGAAAAAUUCCGCCCGUGAAGUAAACGGGGUAAAACGUGGUUUUAAAUUUUGUAUUAAGCCAUUUCGGCGAAAAAUAAAAAGCGCUGAUAUUAUAUGGACAGUGAAAAUGAACUUGAAUCUGGCAUAUGUUAAAAUUCGCCAGCGAAGCUUUUGUAUUUUACCUUUUUGAGUAUUUAUCGCGAAAUUGGAAGGUG